AUGAUAUCUCCCACUCGUGUCUCGCGAGACCCCAUGGAGCUGGAUCGCCUGGCAGAAGAGCUGGAAACUCGAGAGUCUGGCAUGUCCCACGCGGGGUUCGCCGAUGGGGAACAUGACCUGCCAGCAUACGUGCCACUCUCGCAUGACAACCCGUACCUCUCCGCCGAGACGUUCCAUGUCGAGGAUUUCCUCCUGUCGCGGUCCUAUACUUCGCUCCCGGAUCUACGGUCAGAGCUCCGAGAUUACCUGGCUACGCUCAAGGAGGAGCUCGUUAAGCUCAUCAAUGACGACUAUGAGGCGUUCAUUAGCCUGAGCACGGACUUGAGGGGCGAGGGCACAAGGUUGGAGAGGCUGAAGUGGCCACUGGGGGAUCUCCGAGCGCAAAUCCUUGUAUGUAAUUCGUCAAGCCCAGAAUCACGCGGCGAAUUGCAGCGCAUCCAGGAUGCGAUUCAACACAAACUGCAGAAGCGGACUGAACUGAGGGAGGAGAAGACAUUCCUGCAUCUGCUGCUGAAGAUCUCUGAGUCUGUUACUCGCUUGGAGUCUUUACUCCUGAUUUCGGCUCCUUCGGAUGAGGACCAGGGUCAGCCGGACAUGCACGGUGCGCGAUGCAUUCAUGCGUUCGCACUUCGUGCUGAUGUAGAUAGAACGCGAGGCAACCGGGCAAAGCAUCUUUCUCGAGUGGCUGCAGAAUAUACCCAGCUGCUGUACCAUGUGUCCAAGGCACAAAGUGAGAAGUGUGCUUUUGUGGACGAGUGCCAUUGGCGAAUCGACCGUAUCAAAUCCACGCUUUCGUCUGACCUAGAUCAUCUCUUCUCCUCGACCUUACUGACACUCACAGAAGGGAGGGACAUCAUCAAGUCUGUGGGCACAGCCGAACUCGACAGAACCAAGGUACUAAAUGAUGUGACCGAAUGCCUUCGGGCAUAUGACAUGCUCGGUCUCUGGCAGGAUGCAGAGGAAGUGUUACGAACGGACGUCGUUCGUGCUUUCGUAAAGAAGACCAUAUACGCCGGAUGCCUUGCUGCUCCUCAAAGCCCUGUUCUACCGCAUACACCCAUCCCCCGGACAAAGUUUUCGUCAAUCGCUAGCGGAGUGCCCCCGCGGACACCGUACACCCCUUAUACUGCCUUUGCAUCAAAGCAAAAUCCUUUUGAGGUUAGCUUUGACACUCAACCACACAUUCUGGAUGACACCAACGACACUCUCGCCACAUUAUACAACACUAUUCUCCGCUUCGUUGACCGCGACAUGAAGCGUAUUAUGGAGCUUGCUGAGAGAGUUGGUGUUAAAUCCACCGCGAGAAUGAACAUGGGGAAAACGGCGUUGUUGGGCGCCACUGCGCCACCUCAGAAGGACAGCCCAGGCGGAUUCGAGAUUAUGGCUAACGUUGUAUGGGCUGAGAUUGGAAAGGCCAUUAUGGAUGAGCUCGGGAGCACGGUAUUCGCUGUAGGAAAGCCAGACGAAUUCCGCAAGCAUUAUGAGACGACGCAAGCGUUCAUCGGAUCGCUCGAGUACCUUGCACCGUCCGUGGAGGCGGUAGCCGGGAUGCGCUCUCACCCUGUGUACGUCGCUUUCGAGCGACGCUGGCAGCUCCCCGUGUACUUCCAGCUGCGGUGGAAAGAGACUGUCACCAAGCUCGAGGAGUCUCUUUCGGUCGCCAAGUUGGAGCGCACGUUCACCAAAGCGAAUGCGCCGUUUGUCACCUCACAGGCUGCUGCUGUGUGGACAGCGAUUUCCUCUAUAUGGAGCGCGCAGGUCUUCAUCCCUGAGCUCAGUCAUCGAUCUUGGAAAUUAACCCUGCAGCUCAUAAGCAGGUACCGAUCCUGGCUUAAUAACAGUAUGCCAGCAUUGGAAUCUCCCUCACGAAUGCCUCCAGCAAGUUCUACGACAAGCAUACAGCUCACGAUGUCUCCGUCACUUAACCGGACGGCAACACCGACAAAUCAACAGGUGGAGGCGGCCUCUCCAGAGAGCGUUGCGGUAGACGAUGUACUACUGGUGCAGCUAGCCACUGUUUUAACAGACAUCAAAGCCCUGGAAACCCAAGUCUGGAACUUGUGGCGCGAAGAACUGAGCGGGAUGUUACCUGACCUGUCUGAGGCAGAUAGUGCUGCUGACCUUCCGACGGAGCCCAGUCACUUCGUGUCGCUCAUCUUUCGCGCGUUGAAAGCGUUUUUUGGAAUCGGUACCGGAGACGCGCCGGGUGCGACCCUCAACGACGAUCACCUCCGCUCAUAUGCAGAGGAAGUGUUCGAAAAUGUAGCACAGAGUAGGUACAUCUAUUUCCUGACUGCAAUGAAGAAAACCGAAGAGUCUCUGCGGCGGCUGAAGAAGGGCAAAAGGUCGGCCUUCUCGCUGUUCGGUUCAGCACCCUUAACGAAGGACGACGAUGGCCGGGCUGAUGAAGAGAAGAUCCGGACGCAGAUGAUAUUAGACGUGGAUGCAUUCGGCAAGGACGCCGAAUCACUGGGAGUGUCGGUCAACGACAACAGCACGUACCGGGCGCUCAAGGAGCUCGCGAAUGCACCACUGAUAGAUGACUAG